AUGAAAUUUCAAUCCAUUGUUCUUCUCAUCGUUGUUAUGUGUGCCUCAUCAGUCAAGAAUGAAGCUAUACCACUAGAAGGUGGAAGGUCCGUUGACGUCAGUGAUCCACAUGUGAUUGAUAUCGCCAAUUUCGCUGUCACCGAGUACAACAAAGGUAUUACUCUGUCAAAGUUGAAGUUUGUUAAGGUCAUUAAGGGUGAAUCCCAAGAAUUAUCCGGAGGGAUUAACUACCACCUCACUAUUUCCGCCUCUCGACGUUUUCAAGAUAUUCACAAUCAAUACAUUCACAAUUAUGAAACAGUUGUGUUAGAGAAACCAUCCGAACACUUCAGGAACCUCACUUCUUUUAAAUCUGUUAACGCUUAA